AUGUUUAGUCUGUUCUCUUCAGUUCGUUCAAUCGCCGAUAUUACGAUCCAAGAGUUAGCUCCGUUACGUAUACGUGUAAAAGUUCAACUUGAAAUUCCAAAUUCAGAUAAAAAAGAUUAUUUCUAUGUUGACGGACAUGUUUGUCAAAAUGGCUUUCAACGUGAUGCUGCUAUUGCAGUUUGCCGCUCAUUGGGACAAGGAGCAAAUCCAAUAUUUGCUUUGAAUCGUCCAAUUGGGAAUGGACCAUUUAAGGAGUGUUUCUUUCAAUAUGGUGAUGAUAAAAUUGUAAUCCCCUGUACAUUUCUAAUGGAACAAUUCAAAUGUAAUGAAAGUGCUACAAGCCUCGGAAAAUGUCAACAUUCGAAACUAUUUGAUCAGCAAUGUGCCGGUGAUAUGUAUGUUGCAAUUUUGUGUUAG